GCUUCUCGUGGUCAUUAUCUCCAGUGUGGUCCUGUCUGAAGGGGGAUCAUAGUGAUAACAGAGUGGAGCUCACCUGCCCAUCAGUCUCAGAGGCAUUUGGGAGCUCUAUGGACUGAAGUCAGUCUGAGUCAUUGGUGAGUGUCUCCCCAAAGUUCAUCCCUGACCUGGACUAAAACUCCAGGCUCCCUGCUAACAACCACAGAGAGCUAGUUCAACAGAACCUCCUAAAUAGAAGUCCCGCCUCACUGCUCACUAAUUGGUACCUUAGACAAGGGCCUCUACCUCUCUCUCUGGGCCUCAAUUUCUUCAUCUGAAAAAUGGGGGGGGGCAUUUCGGAGCCUCAGAAGGCCUUGCCCUGGGAAUGCGAGAAAGCCUUGGCUUUAAGGAACAGGGAAAUACCCCAGGGAAGUUCUGGGGUCCAGGAUAGCUGGUUGCACCUCUCCCCAGUACUGAAGAGGACAAAACAAAUGCAGAAAGAAGUCUUCCAACUCAAAGAAAAAGUAACUCAAGGACUGGGAGAUGCUGGGCACGACCGGGACUUCAUCCGGGGAGAAGUGUUCCGACAAAUGAAGGCUGUACUGGCAGGCAACGAAACCUCUUGUGAGCCUUGCCCCCUGGGCUGGAAGGUCUUUCAGGGCUCCUGUUACUUCUUCUCCCUGGACAAGCUCACCUGGACCCAGGCUAAUGAUUCUUGUGUCCAGAAGCAAGCUCACCUGGUUGUCAUCAACAGUCGAACAGAGCAGGACUUCCUGACAUCAACUGGGCAGGUGACAUCCUGGAUAGGCCUUUUCAAAGAGGGCCAGAAAGGCAACCACAAGUGGAUGGAUGGCUCAACCCCUACCUACAUCAACUGGAACUCCAAGGAACCACAUGAUAAUAUAACUGCCCCAGCCUGCAUGCUGAUGCACAGCUAUGGACAAUGGAGUGACUUCUCUUGUGAAUUAGGGAGAUUUGCUUUCAUUUGUGAGAGGCGCCAGAACUGCUGACCCAAGCCCUUAUAUCUACACCCUGGGAUAAUGUAGAUCCCAUGCUACACAGCCUUUUCUUUUCUGGGUUCUGAGUUCACAGCUGCAACAAUAAAGGACCUUUCUCCAAA